CGUUUCCUACCGGAAGCCACGAAACGCGGGACCGGAAGAGUAUCGCGCGCGCGCGCGCGGGCCGCGAUCAGCUGAGCGGCGCGUGGAGCCGCUGCCCCGGUCAAAAGGAACAGGAAACAAAAACAAUAACAACAACACAACUACUGUCACGGCCAAAGUAAUAGAACCGUGGGGAAAUCAGCAGCAGCUAAAGGCAACAUCAGCGGCUAAAUAGUAGCAAUAAGAAUUAUCGGCUGCAGCGGCAACGGCAAUCAGGGUGACUAUAACAGCUGCUUCUAUUACAGCAGCAAGAGCAACAGCAGAUUAAAUAGUCGCAGCAAUAGCAACGGCGGCGGAUAUAUAGCAUCAGCGCAGAUAGCUGCAACAGCAGCUACACCACAUACAGCAAAGGCAGUAGCGGCUGUCGCAUCAACACAGCAGCAUUAACAUUUAAGACGUCAGAAGCUGCUGCAUCAGCGGCACUGCUGUCAGCUGUUGCAGCGAUUCGCAAAGGCGGCGCGCAGCGUUCAUUUGACGCCGCCGGGGUGUCUUGUCUCUCGACUCGAGUCGCCGUCUCGCUGCUCAUUCAACCCCUGCUGCUGCUGUCGUCGCUGCGAACGAGGCCGCGGUUAAAAGGUGGACGAGUCGGUCGUGUGCUUGCUGUUUUGUAAUCGCAGAAAAGGCCGAGCCUCGUGCCCGGGACGCCCCUUUCAUGCGGGGUCGGGCGAGAACGCGGGGCAGGUUCACAAUGGCCGACGAUUUCGAGGACGACAUUGUGCACUUCAGCGUGGACGACCUCGCUGUCAAGGGCUUCGGCGUCAUGGAAGAGAUCCGGCGGCAGGGGAAGCUUUGCGACGUCACCCUCAGGGUUGGGGAGCACAAGUACAGCGCUCACCGCGUGGUUCUGGCUGCCUCCAUCCCAUACUUCCAUGCGAUGUUCACCACUGACAUGGCUGAAAGCAAGCGCGAAGAGAUCGUCAUGCAGGGCACGGACCCCAGUGCACUCGAAGCCCUGAUUAACUUCGCUUACAAUGGGCGUGUGGCCAUCGACCAACACAAUGUGCAGGCCCUGCUGAUGGCGGCCUCCUUCCUGCAACUUCAUGCCGUAAAGGAUGCUUGCUGUCACUUCCUAAAGGAGAGGUUGCACCCAAAGAACGUGCUGGGCGUGCGCUCGUUCGCGGAGGCCAUGAUGUGUCCUGCGCUCUACGACACAGCCAACUCGUUCCUGCAGCAGCACUUUGUGGAGGCGUCCUCGGGCGAGGAGUUCCUGGGCCUCCCUGGGGAGGAGCUGCUGGAGCUGGCGGCGCGAGACGAGCUGCACGUAGAGGGAGAGGAACAGGUGUUCGAGGCGGUGUUGGCGUGGGUGCGGAGGGACCGCGAGGGCCGUGCGCCGCUACUCCCGGACCUGCUCACAUGCGUGCGCCUCCCGUUGUGCCGCCCCCACUUUCUGACCGACCGUGUGCAGCAGGACGAGCUCAUACGUGCCUGCCACAAGUGCAGGGACCUAUUGGAUGAAGCGAAGGACUAUCACCUGAUGCCGGACCGGCGGCCAGUUCUUCCGGCGUACAAGACCCGGCCGCGCUGCUGCACCUCCCUCGCUGGCCGCGUUUACGCUGUCGGAGGCCUCAACUCUGCCGUCCCCCUCUCGUGUGUUUGCUCAGGGGAUGCGGUGACCAUGGUGGAGGUUUACGACCCGCUGACCAACCGCUGGGAGGCAUGCUGCCCAAUGGGGUCACCGCGUAGUCGUGUGGGGGUGGCCGUGCUGGGCGGACGGCUGUACGCGGUGGGGGGCUCGGAUGGGCAGGAGCGGCUGUCCAGCGUGGAGGUGUACGAUCCCGACAGAAAUAUCUGGACCAAGGUCGCCAGUAUGAAUAGCAAGCGCAGCGCGAUGGGAGUGGCCGUGCUGGACGGGCAGAUCUAUGUGUGCGGGGGCUACGAUGGGGUGUCGUCGCUCAGCUCCGUGGAGUGCUACUCCUCCGAGGCUGACAAGUGGACCAUGGUGACAGCCAUGAACUCGCCACGGAGUGCGACGGGCGUGGCGUUCUUUGAGGGCCGGGUGUACGUCACGGGCGGGCACGACGGCCUGCAGAUAUUCAACACGGUGGAGUACUACAACCCACACACUGGCAGCUGGCACAAAGCGGCGCCCAUGCAGCAGAGGCGUUGCCGACAUGGGGCGGCUGCCCUCUCGGGCCGCCUGUAUGCCGUGGGCGGCUACACGGGUUCAGCGUUCCUCUCGUCGGUCGAGACCUAUGACACGGCGUCUGACCAGUGGUCUGCACUCACGCCCAUGCUGGCCAGCCGCAGCCGCGUAGCCCUUGCAGCCUGCUCGGGGCGGCUCUAUGCACUGGGCGGCUACGACGGCUACGCCAACCUCGGCACGGUUGAGUGCUUCACGCCUGAGAGCAACACAUGGCGGCAGGCUGCCCAAAUGAGCUGGCACACGGGCGGCGUUGGGACGGGCUGCCUGCCCUUUCUCACGAUGUGACCUGCAGGCCUGCUCUCUCCCUCGCAGAUGUCUACUUCCACCUGUGUGUGUGGGGAGAGGUGGUGCAUUAGUGGUGCAUGACACCUUGGUCAUGGAUAAAAUUGGUGGCAAUUGGUGUCUGAACCUGCCCUGGGCCUCCCCCCCCCCCCCCCCCGGUUGAUUUAGCCUUAUAUGUGAGUACUUGGUGCAGUGUACGAACAUCACCAUUGGCCAUACCACCCCUUAUGCUGUGCUGGCUGUAGUUUGUACUUGCUGACAGCAAUUACCCCAUCAGUAUAAGGCUAUAUUGAACAUAUUUUUUUGAGUGUGCACAUAUGCGCAAACAUACAUGCGUUGUAAAACUUUGCUGAGAGCAAUACUGCACCUGACUUAAGAUGGUGCGCAUAUAGUUGUCUUGCAGCAUAUAGUGUACAUGUGGAUGUUUACAAUCAUUGAAACUCAUUCCAAACACUUUCAACUGCAUUACAUAUUUAAUGCUUGCAUGAGUGUGCGUUGUGCAUGGUCCAGUGUGUGAUAGAUUAAAACCAAAAAUUGCUUGAAUAGGUGAAGGCUCUACAAACCAUCUGAAAAAAAUAUAUAUAUCCGGUUUCUGUUCGUGCUUAACUGCAGUGUAAAAGAAAACCAGAUGUUCUGUGCGUGCUGCUUUGGCAGCAGUCUCAAAAGUUGCCAACGAUGUGUUCUAGGAUUUAUAACAGUACGAUUGAUUAGGUCCCAGCUAGUACAUUGCAUCUAUGACAAAUGAGUGUCCAUUCGAAAUUAUUCAAUUGGACAUGACAAUUUAUAAGUACACAGCAAAAUACACCAAUUUUUAUUAAUUAUCCCCAAGUAAAAUGCGUUCGUAUCUAAAAGCCUCUUUGGAAAACUAUAGCCACUAAGCGGCCUAUUCAAGUUAUUACUAAAAUACGAAAGUAAACUUCUGGCACAUACACCUGUUGGAGACCACACAGUUGGUAACUAUGACUUGAACUGACCACUGAUUUAGAUUGUUUUGCCAAACUAAAUUUGCCAGUCCAUCUGACAGGCGUAACACCUGCCAGAUUACAAGGAGGCAAGGUAUUUUUUGUGUACAGUCUCCAUGUAAUCAUUGUAUUUGGACUCGAGUAUAACUGCAUUGUAAAUAAUUUCUAAUGAAAGUGUUUACCAACAAUGGUUGUUAGUUAAUUAUGUUUUCUACAGGCUUUUGGAAGAAAAAUAACCAAACAUGAAUAAAUCGGUGUCGAAUUGACAUAAAACUGCCAAACAAUAAUAGGGCCAAUAUUUGAAUUGUCUAUAAAGUCUGCCUGCAGAGUCGCUGAACCAACACAACAGUCAACCCUGUUGGCUUACUGUUAUCGAAGGCAAUACCAUAUUGUGAAAUAGAUCUUUAGUUCUUGCAUGACACUUCACCAUAGUUCAGUGUAAUUAUUUUUUUGCGAUGCAUAUGUGUGUGAUUACCACUUAUAAUUGAACUGCAAUGCAUGAUACUUAUCUGCUGAAGCAGAUACAGGUACGAGCAAGCACAUGUGCGCCAUAGCCCCGAAUGGUGCUGCUGUCAAUUUAAUCAACGAGAGGUUCAGCUGGACGUAACCAUUGCAAACUCUAGAGAUAGAUAAGUCCAAUUGAUGGGUCAUCUUUCUGGGAGGUGCUGAGGAGGGCAGGUUCCUCCAAAUUGACCAUUACUAAUGUUUAAAACAAAAGUCCAGAGAGUUGAUGAGCACUUGUUAAUGUGUAUCUAUGGGAAACUACACUGCUGCCUGUAACCACUCUACAUUAAUUGGGAUUGCAUGCUGGAGGUUCUCUAUGCAUAUUGUACAUGUGGGAAGUUUGAUGUCAUCAAACACCUUCACAUAGAGGGACCAACAACAUGGUGGGCAUGUAGAAAUUACAAAUGUAUUCUACAUUGUCUGAAUUGCCAACUGUGCACAAUACCUGGCUAUCAGACACAUGCACCAUGGCAAAUGCCCAAAGGAUGACACCGUGAAAUGCUAACGGCAGUAGUGGAAGAUGAUUUAUGUUGCCGUUCCUUUUUACAGUUCCGAAAAAGAAGUUUUAAGCAGUUUCACAUGACUCCGGUUUUUACGCAUCUAUGAUUCGUAUGGUUGGCUAUGUACGGUGCAAAAGAAGUUCAACAUAUGUGACUCGUCUGUAAACAUGAAUAACUAUGACAGCUUGUCAGUGGUUCAGACCAAGCAAUGAUCAGGUUAUAUUAACAAUGGACAUAAAUUAUUUUCUUCCAAGCUAUUUCAAUAUUACAGCAGAAAACGGUGCAAAGCAACAGGCUUGCAGCACUGCCAGCUGUCGUAUUACAAGUGCGUAUGUUUCACAUGCAGCUACAUGUAAAAUGUUCAAGUAGGUACAGCUAUUGUUAAAAAUAAGUCAAUAAAAUUGUUCAUCAUAAAGCUG